UCUCACAUGCAUUAUAUAAGAAUUGUUUGGGAUAACCUUUUAUUCUUCACUCCUCGUUAUUUUCUUCGGUGGGUCGAAACCCAAGAGGGAAAAUGGGUUAUUUUCCAUUCAAAGCCCUGUUUCUGUUUCUGACUCUGUUUCUGUUUUCCCAAAAAACAAAAGCGGAGGAUAUCAUUUCUAUCAAUCCUUUCAAUAAUGCUAGUAGUUCAGCAGCAGGCAGUAGUAGAAUGCUAGCAGGGAAGUGCAACUGGUUUCGAGGAACAUGGAAAUACGACGCGUCGUAUCCUCUCUACGACUCCUCUACAUGUCCCUUCGUAGAUCCAGAGUUCAACUGCCAAAAAUAUGGCCGUCCUGAUAAAUCUUACCUCAAAUACAGAUGGCAACCUCUCUCCUGUUCCUUACCCAGGUUUAAUGGACUGUAUUUCUUGAAGAAAUGGAGAGGGAAAAAGAUUAUGUUUGUGGGUGAUUCGUUGAGUCUGAACCAAUGGCAAUCUUUAACUUGUAUGAUUCAUGCAUGGGUGCCCAAAUCCAAGACCACAGUUAUGAGAACUGAAUCACUUUCUUCAGUCACAUUUGAGGACUACGGUGUUAAGAUACUGCUAUAUCGGACGCCAUACCUUGUAGAUCUUGUGCAUGAGAGGGUGGGACGAGUCUUGAAGCUUGACUCCAUAAAGAAUGGCAAUGGGUGGAGAGGCAUGGACCUGCUGAUCUUCAACACGUGGCAUUGGUGGACCCACACAGGGAGAUCCCAACCAUGGGAUUAUUUGCAAGAAGGCAACAAAUUGUUCAAAGACAUGAACCGUCUGAUUGCAUUUUACAAAGGACUAACGACUUGGGCUAGGUGGAUCAACCUCAAUGUCGAUCCUUCCAAAACAAAAGUCUUCUUCCAAGGGAUUUCUCCCACCCAUUAUGAGGGCAGAGAUUGGAACCAACCAUCAAGAUCGUGUUCUGGCGAGACGAUGCCUUACUUUGGAGCAAGGUACCCUGCAGGAACACCCUUGGCUUGGGUGGUUGUUAAUAAAGUGCUAAACAGGCUCAGGAAACCAGUCUACUUGCUGGAUGUCACAGCUUUAUCGCAAUACCGAAAAGACGGACAUCCAUCGGGUUAUAGCGGCGAACACAGUGGCACAGAUUGCAGCCAUUGGUGCCUUCCUGGAUUGCCAGACACUUGGAAUGAGCUGCUAUACGCAAGUCUUGUCGGUUGAACACCAAAUACUGGAGGCUAGUCGAACGUUUGUUUAUUCUCAUUCUUGGAAAGAAAGCUCAUUGAAUCUCACAUUAGGAAUGUGCUAUUUGUAAUUUGUAAUUUGUAAUUUUUCAUUUGCAUUGUUGGGGGGCAAUAAUGGGGUUGGUGUGUAGUAAAUUGUAAUUUGUAAAUCUCAACAUUGUUUUUCUCAUCAGCUAAUUGCCAUGAACUGUAGGAAGUUGCCCUUUUUGAUGAGAAUAUAUAUAAAGCAGCUCAAGAGAGCUCAACAUGUUUGGAAAUCA